AUGGGAGAUCAAAAAGAAGUGACCACGGUGCAGAAAUCCACAUCAUUCAGCAUCAAGAGUCUGCUGCUUCCAUCCAGAAAUGAGCCACGGGAUCCAGGAUCGGGUGUGCCAGAGAAAAGCGCUUUUACGCAGGGCAUCGAUUUGGAAAAACCUGCAGGUGCUGGCAGUGACACUGAAAAGUCUAACAAAGCAGAUGAAGCAGAAGAUGAUAAGAAUGAACCGGAGAAAAAAGUGAAGCCGGACAAGCCUCCGUUUAGCUACAAUGCGCUGAUCAUGAUGGCCAUCCGCCAGAGUCCAGAGAAGCGGCUGACGCUAAACGGCAUCUACGAGUUCAUCAUGAAGAACUUUCCCUAUUACCGGGAGCACAAGCAAGGCUGGCAGAACUCCAUAAGGCACAAUCUGAGCCUUAACAAAUGCUUCGUUAAAGUCCCAAGACAUUACGAUGAUCCAGGGAAAGGGAAUUACUGGAUGCUGGAUCCUUCAAGUGACGAGGUUUUUAUUGGAGGAACCACAGGGAAACUGCGUCGGCGCUCCGCCACUUCCAGAGGCAAACUUGCGUUGAAGCGAGGUCUCCGAUUCGCCCCUCUUGGUUUGGGAAUACACGACCGGGCCAUCAACAGCAAUCCUCUGUACUGGCAGAUAUCACCGUUUUUAUCUCUACACCACCCACCAUACAACCCACCAUCCCCCGGAUUUCUGAAUCAGACUCAGUAUGGAUCACUGAUCCCCAGCGUGGAGCAGCUGGGCUCCUCGGAGCUUGCCCGGCCCAUUUUGGGCGCUUCUGGAGGGAAUCUAGGGUUCACAAACUCCUACGGGAUAAGCACAUCUCCAGUAGGGUUGAUACACAGUCAACCAGGGUAUAUGGUCUCUGGAAGCCCGCAGCAGCAGAGCGCGUCCCCGUUUAGCGCUCCCGUCACUUCCGCGCGCACUUUGCUUUCGGACACGCUGAGAUCCACGUUCCCGUCUUUCUCUCAUGUCGGAUCAGACUUUUCGGGAGUUUUAUCUUAUCAAAAAAGGGUUCAACCGAAUUCAUACUUGAACUAAAG